AUGCCCAACCAAACCACAGAAACUGUUUUCCUUCUUCUAGGUUUCUCUGAUGUUCGGCAGCUGCAGCUUUUACACUUUGUGGCCUUUCUUCUCCUUUAUUUGGCCACCAUCAUGGGGAAUCUUAUCAUCAUCAUACUUGUAGCCCUCAACCACCAUCUUCACACACCUAUGUACUUUUUUCUGAUGAAUUUAUCUAUUGCAGACAUUGGCAAUAUCUCAGUGAACAUUCCCAAAGCUAUGAGCAAUUCUCUCAUGAAUACAACACUGAUUUCCUAUACAGAAUGUGUUUCCCAAGUCUUUUUUCUCAUCUUCUUUGCAAUGACUGACUUGGUGCUCCUCACCGUCAUGGCUUAUGAUCGAUAUGUCGCCAUAUGCAAUCCACUGCAAUAUGAGACAAUGAUGAACGCUGGAGCCUGUGUUCAAAUGGCAGCCGGUGCAUGGAUAAUUGGAAUUUUCUGCGCUGCAUUACACAGCGGGGCCACCUUCUCAACCACCUUUUGCUCCAAUGCCGUCCACCAGUUUUUCUGCGAAAUACCACAACUGCUGAAACUCACCUGCAAUGACAGUGUUACAAUGGAGUUUGGGGUCAUUAUAUUUGCUGCCUGUGCGGCCUUUGGCUGCUUUUCCUUCAUCAUUUUUUCUUACAUGCAGAUCUUCACCAAUGUGCUAAGAAUUCCUUCAGCGCAAGGAAGGAGGAAAGCUCUUUCUACCUGCUUGCCUCACCUCGUUGUUGUCUCUUUGUUCAUCUUUACGGGCACCCUGGCUUACCUGUGCCCAACAAACAGGACCCAAAAUGAUGUAGCUAUGAUGAUUGCUGUUCUAUAUUCUGUGCUUCCCCCCAUGAUGAACCCGGUGAUCUAUAGCAUGAGAAAUCAAGAAAUUAGAUCUGCACUGUGGAAGCAUUUUGGACGGAACUUAUGUCCUAGUCAGCAAAUGUCAACUAUUCUCUUUUAGUCUAGUGAAUUCAGCAUUGUGUAUCUUUUUAAUGUGUCCUAUAAGAAGGUGGUAAAAUUUGUAUGAAUC